GCCCUCUCAGCAUCACUGGUACUGCUCAGCAUCCCGGAAGUUCAGCAUCAUCUCUUUCAGGAAGAGACGCAUUACCUUCAGGGCUUUGACAACAGCGGGUGGAGUGGCAUAAAUAUCGACCCACCCGGCAGAAAUUCAUCCUUCUUUGCAAGUGACAAUUACUUGAAAAGGACGAAUGAAGUGACCAACGGGGUACAAUGUCAUCAUUCCAGGUGGUGGAUUCAUCGCCUGGCAGCAGCGUCAGCAUCAUGGAAACAUCCAACUUUGCUCAUGUCAUCUUCCAGAAUGUUGGAAAGAGUUUCCUACCCCAGGCACCAUUGGAGUGUCGUUACACCCUGACCCCUUACAUUACUCCCCACCCCAAAGACUGGGUGGGCAUUUUCAAGGUGGGUUGGAGCACGGCAAGGGAUUACUACACCUUCCUUUGGUCUCCAAUGCCUGAAAACUAUGAACCAGGAAGUACUGUGCAUAGGACUGUGGUGUUUCAAGGUUAUUAUGUUCCUAAAUCUGAUGGGGAGUUUUACCAGUUUUGUUAUGUCACGCAUGCUGGUGAUAUCAGAGGAGCCAGCACGCCCUUCCAGUUCAGACCAGCCACACCCACUGAAGAGCUUCUGACAGUUACCGAGGAUGACAGCAACUCAGACAUACUGGUCGUCACCACCAAGACUGGCCUGCUAGAGCGGGUGGAGGAGGCACAACAGGAACGUAGGGAGCUGCUGAAGGCCAUGCGUCUCCUGCAGGAGGAGAAACAACAGCUGCAGGAGGAGCAGAAACGACUGGCCAGGGAAAGGGAGCAGGAGAGGGAGACAUGUUGCCUACUGCGGACACAUAACCAGGAGCUGCUGCGCUCAUCUCAAGGCCUGUCAGAAGAAAGGGAGGAGGUUCGGAGGAGGCUGACAGAGGCUACGGACCGGGUUCGCCAGCUGGAGGAAGACCUGCUGGGAGUCACCCAGAGAGGCCUGCAAAAGGAGACGGAGCUGGAUUGUCUUCGUGACCGUUUAAAGAAGCUGACAGCAGAACGAGACAGUCUGGAGAACCAGCUGAAGAAUGAAAAGGAUGAGAGAGAUCUUUAUAAGGCCCACCUACGCAGCACAGAACUGGAGAACACCAAGCUGAGUGCAGAGCUUCAGAUGCUAAAAGCGGUGGAGCUCAACAGGGAGGUGACCAUCGCUCAGUUUCAGGAGGAGCUAGAGAGGCUCAGGGUCUGCGUGGCCCAGCGAGACAGCCUGGAGAAAGAGCUGCUGGCACACAAAUCCGAUAAGGCAGAGUUGGCCCGUGUACAUGAGCAGCUCCGUCAAGCUGAGGAGCAGCUUCAAGCAUCCCGGCAGCAGGCUUCCCUACUCGCCUCGGAGCUCCGUGACUCUGCCAGCGCCCGUGACCACACUAUGACAGAGCUGUACCGUGCCCGUGUAGAGGCGGACAAGCUACGUGCCAGUUUGGCCGAUGCUCAGGCUGAGUGCCAACGCAUGGAGAAUCAGCUGGACCGCAUGAGGAGCACUGCCCAGAAGGAGGUGGGAGUUGGGACCAGCGGGGACGUGACGCUGAGCAUCGUGGUGGUGUCAGAGGCCGAGGCAGAGCUGCAGAGGGAAGUGGAGGAGCUGAAACUGCGCCUCCACAUGGCUGCUGAGCACUAUAAAGAGAAAUACCGUGAGUGUCAGCGCCUCCGCAGACAGGUGGCCAAGCUCAAUGCAUCAGAGUCCCAGGGGGAGUCAAAGAGAAAUGUGUCCACUGAGACAACACAGGAGCCACUUACCCCAAGUCCAGAGUCACCUACAGAAGAAAAUAUUGCUAUUACGGCUCUACAAGAAGCUGUAGCGAUGACAAUCACCCCAGAACUCAGUAACAAGGGACCUACAUGUGCCGACACACACAUCAGCACAGAGAUGGAGGAAAAGGCAGGCGUGAAAAAACUGAAGGAGAAAGCUGCAAUGGAAGCUGAGAAGGAAGUGAAGCAAGCUGAAAGGGAAAAAGAAGUCAAAGGGAAUGAAAAGGAGGAGAAGGAGAGCCUGGUGGAGGAGAGCUUGAGGAUGAUGAGCUGGGUGGAGGUGGCCAACGAGAGGCCGAGCUCUGAGAAGACCAGCGAAGCAGAAGCCAUGCUGAAGGCAGAGCAAGGGAGGGACAGUGCGGAAGAGCAGGUGCUGCUGGAGAUGGAGGUGGAGGGGAGAAGCACAGAGGAGGCAGAGAAGGAGCAAACGCGCUCGGUGGAGGCAGAGCUGGCAAUGAUGGAGGAGAAGUGGAGGGAGCAGUGUGCAAUCAACGAGACACUCAAACAGCGGCUGGCCGAUGAAGAGGAGCGAUUUAGAGUACAGAUGGCAGAGCGAGCCAGCGAAGUGACUGAACUCAAACGCAGCCUCGCUCAGGCUCUUAAAGAAAAAGAACAGCUACAGGAGGAGCUGCAGCGUUUUGUGUCCAGGCAGAGGGAGAAGGAGGCUGCUUCUCAGGGCGCUGAGGUUAGGCAGCCAAUGGUACUGCAAUACCCUCUCCCUUACCCCCAGGACCCCUCCCCUCCACCACUGGUGCCGCAGAGGCCCGCUGAGCUACAGUACGGCAAUCCCUACUCCACCGAUAUCUCAAGAGAUCGGGUGGAUGUUGCACUGUCUCCUGAACACAUGCUGCGUCCCCCACCUGAAGCUCCUCCCUGCCCCCCUCCUUGCGCACCCCCAGUCACACCCCCCAGCCCUGGUCCUGGAGUGCCAGGCUGGGACAGAAAGGUGGUUUGCAUCCAACCAUCGCGCAGCACAAGUCCCCCUGAGAACAUCGAGCAUUCACCAGAGGAGGCGCAAAAGGUAGGUGAUGGAGCUCAGCCGUCAUGUGAUCAUCAGUCCAACAGACGCAGUGAAGCAAGGAGCAGCUUCUGCUUUGACUCCAGUGACGUUCACAAGCGCUGCCCACUAUGCGAGGUGAUCUUCCCACCACACUUUGAGCAGCGCAGCUUUGAGCAGCACGUGGAAAGCCACUGGAAGGUGUGCCCAGUCUGCUCCGAGCAGUUCCCCCUCAACUGUCAGCAGCAGCUCUUUGAGAGACACGUCCUCACGCACUUCGACGGCCACGUGCUCAACUUUGACCAGAUUGAAUGAAGGACGCGAAGGAGGAAGCUCGAAUUCUGACAUACAGUGUGUGUACGUGUGUGUUGUCAGCUAUUAGUUCAUUUUGAUUGCGGGUUGGUUAAGUUGUCUUGUUAAAAAAAAAAAACUAAAUCAGCACUUUUUUGCAAUCUUAUAAAGGUUUUAAAGAAUGUAGUUGACUUCUAAAAGGAAGAAGAGUAUACUGUGGCUAAUUAGGGUAGCUGUUACUUUAAUACGAAUUUUGGGAGUAGUGCCAUGAUCCUUUAUUUUUUAUUUAUUUAUUUUUUUAUUAGUUUUACGCCCAUCUUUUAAGCAUCUUUUUAAGUGCAUGCUUAUGAUCUUUAAUAAAAUUCCCAUCCACUAAUUUCUUGCCUAUUUUGUAGGGCGUUGUAGAGGUUUGAGUUGUGGCUUUAAGGAGAGAGGGGGAAAAAAAAGUAGUUUUAUAAUACUUCUUUAAAUUAAACUGAACAUACAUACAUAUGUAACAAAACAACCAAGAGAGUGUGUCAUCUUUUAGUUACCCACAGAAAUGAAACAGAAGUACAAAUGCAGAGUGAACCGGAGUGUUUCUACUUUAAAGUCACUUGAAUGUGUACAUAUGAGAUAUCUUCCUGUUCUGCUGUAUGUAUGAGCGUUUUGCAAAGAUGUCAGAUGGUCUUAACAAAAACAGCACUACGUUUUCAUGUAUCUGCACUAAAUAAGGCUUUACCCUGAAUGUAUUGUACAUAAUUGAAAUGAAGUAUAAGUUUUGGAGAGACCUGUGAAUUGCUGUUGUCAACCUGUCCUCUCAUCAUUGCCUCAUGUUUAAAUUAUGAAAAACAAAUGGGCCAAUGAUGUUUCACUUCCCUUUGUGCACUUUGUUCUCUUGGAUCGGUCAUUAGCAACGGGACUGAAAGGUCAUGUAUCGUGUUUUAGACAAAAAUACGCUGCAGGAUGCUGCAUUAUUGACACUUUAUUUAUGGUUUUUAGUUUUUUAUUUGGAACUGUGAAGUUGCUGCUUUAUGUACAUGUUGGUCCUCAUGACUGAAUGUCAUUUAAGUGUAUUUUCACAGGGCUUCAUACCACUGCUUGUCUAAUUUUCCAUCAUUUCAACUCAUUUCCCUGACAGUGUUGUAUUCAGGCUUUAAAAACUGCACAUGCGCAGAAAUCUCAAGGCAAAUCAGUGUGUCAUGUGUCUGACUCCACCCUUUUAAUGUGAGAAUGUCAAGAAGGUGGUCUACGUGUGGACUGCAAAGAUCUUUAUGAAUAAAUUAAGCUUGUCUAAAUGA